CGCGGAGCCCGUGUACCGAUCUGCUGGUUCUUCCCGCUCGCUGUCUCCGGCCCAGGUAGGGCUAAGGGCCUCAGUACGUAGCCCUGACUGCGCUGGAAUUCACUCUGUAACCAGGCUGACCUGCCUCAGUUUCCGAAGUCUUGGGACUAAAGUCCUGCGUCCCGGUGCCAGGACUUUGGAAACUCCUCCCGGAAGUGAGGUUCACUCCUCUCUGGACCUGGCCUUGUGCUUGAAGCUCUGUGGAAAGGAUGGCCGUUCUUCUGACCAGGUUGAUGCUACAACCCUCAAUCGGAAGAUGUUUCAGAAAAUACAUUGCAAAGCCAGCUCCUGCACCGCUGUCCCCGACGGCCUCCACCCCGAAGCUCUUGUACCUGACUUUCACAAAAGCCUUUAGUACCACUGAAGACAGCCAAGAGGGGAAGAAACAGAAAAGGAAAGACGCUUUCACCAACACUGGAAGGAAAAUUAGUGAGCGGAUUAUCCGCGUCCUGGAUGAGAAAGGCAGUGACCUGGGAAUGAUGCACCGAGCAGAUGUAAUCAGACUCAUGGACCAGCAGGACUUGAGGCUGGUGAAGAAGAACACCGGCUCGGAGCCACCCGAGUACCAGCUCAUGACCGGAGCGCAGAUUCACCAGGAGCGGCUAAGGCUGCGGGAAGGCGAAAAGGCCAACCCCAAAACUGGACCAGCUGUGGUAAAGGAAGUCAUUUUUUCUUCAAAUAUUGGACAGCAUGACCUGGACACAAAGAGUAAACAGAUUCAGCAGUGGAUUGAGAAAAGAUACCACGUUCAAGUCACAAUAAAGAAGAAGAAAAGUACAGACCAGCUGGAGAAUGAGAUGGAUGAGGUGUUUAACCAGAUUCUCCAGACUAUGCCUGGACUGGCAACCUUCUCAAGCAGACCGAAAGCCGUUAGAGGAGGAAGCGCCUCCACCUGUGUUUUCCGCCCCUUGAGCAAGAAAGAAGAGAAGGCCUACAGAGACUCACAAGAGCCCCAGAGAAGGAACACUUCGAGCAAAGACCACAGGACCAAGGAAUCAGACGUUCUGUGUCAGUGAUUUUAAUAAACAAAAUCCAGGCACAUGUA